AUGUCGUCUGACAGUAACCAGCAUUCUGGGAGACCGUCAAUGAGCACAAAUGCUGAUAUCAUUGAAAAAGUGCGGACAUUGAUCAUGGUGGACCGUUGUUUGACCAUCUGGGAGUUGCUGAUGAGAGUGGCAGCUAAAUUUGUGCCCAAGCUGCUUUCGCUGGAGCAGCAACAACUCCGUCUUGAGGUUGCGCAGGACAUGCUGGAGUGCGCCAACAGGGAUCUUGAGUUCCUGAAUACUGUGAUCACUGGUGACCAGUCAUGGGUAUAUGGAUAUGACCCGGAAACCAAGGUCCAGGCAUCACAAUGGAAGCAUCUGACAUCUGCGAGGCCUGAAAAAGCACAACAAGUUGGGAGCAAUGUGAAG